AUGAAGCAAGACCGCAAACUCCACCCUUGUGCGGCAAAUGGCUCAUGUUCCUGGUUUCCUUGGUGGCAACAUAAGCAAAAAGAGAUCAGGGAAUUCUGUGGGGUGUUUGAAACCAUGUUCAAGUUUGCUGUGCGCAGUUCGUCACCAAUACGCUCCAUUGGUUUCCAAGGCUGUCUCUUUUUCGAUCAUCCCCUUGUGAAGAGACGUGCUGCCAAGCGUGAUGUGGUGCCUGGACCUGAACUUUGCUCCAGUUACCGAGGACAUAAACUGCAUGCAUACUCCGAAGAUAGGGGUCUAUCACACACCAACUCGGUUUCCGCAGCUGCUUAA